AUAGUUGCAUAAUUAUGACUAAUUUGAAUACAAAGAGUAUAGCCCAUGUUAUAUGGCAUGCACGGACUGCUCAUUUCGGCAGAACAAGUGAACAACUUCAACAGAGAAGGUGAACAAACUCUUUGAAAGUAAAGAACGAGAGAUAAAGACUAAAGUUAAAAGACUAUCUUCUUCUCGUUUGCUGUCAAGAGUGGAUCAACAGCGUGCGAUCCCAAUAAUGUGGAGGCAGUUGGAAUGCAGAGUGGGUUGAUUUUAUGGUCACAACUGACUUCAUCUUCUUCAUCGGAAGGUAACAAGGCCUCUCACGCAGUACUGAAUGGCCCUCGCACUUGGUUGCCGGCCGCUAAUGAUACCGAGCCAUGGCUUCAGGUUGAUUUUUCAACAAAUUUGCAACUGGUGUCGUUAAAGACGCAAGGUUCACCAACUUCCGAACAAUGGGUGAAGUCGUUUACGAUUUCGUAUGCUAAUUCAAGCGGAAUAUUUAGGAACUUCACGCAUGGAGAAAAUUUCACGGUGUUUCGAGCAAAUACUGAUGCUACUACCAUUGUCGAAACAACCCUGCCGGAAGAGACCAAAGUCCGUUUUCUGCGCAUCAAUCCAAAAACCUGGUCGAAAAGACCUGCCCUCAGAGUUGAAUAUUAUGGAUGCUAUACAACUUGUGCUUCCGCCGGACCUUUGUCAUUCCUGGACAGCCAAAUUACAGCUACAAGCACUUAUGCAAGUAGUAUUUAUGCUCAUCAUGCAAGACUGAAUGAUAAACUUGGAUGGAUUUCAGAACACUCUAAGCCAGCAUCGUUGUUGAUAGAUUACGGAAAACGAACUACCAUAACGGGAAUUAAGGUACAAGGCAACUCUGAAUUUGCCGUAUGGAGUUCCACGUUUACAGUUCAAUACAGUAACGAUGGAUUACGCUUUAAAGACUACAGAGAAGCUGGCAGUAUAAAGACAUUCAAUGGCCCAGUUGAUGCUAGUACUGUCACCGAAAGAUCGUUCUCACAUGCUAUAUUCACAAGAUUCCUAAAAAUUCUAGCAGCGCUUUCGACAAAUUUCUAUCCAACAAAUCCAGCAAAUACCCAAUAUAACUUUGCCGCUUUAAGAAUUGAAGUUCAGGGAUGUCAUUAUGAUGAUGACUGGUUUUAUUCACUUCCCCUUGGCAUGAAGAAUAAUCUCAUUUUGGACUCGCAAAUAAAUGCUUCAUCCUCGAGGUUCUACACAUCGGGUGCCGGUAACGGUCGUUUGAAUCUGACAACUAUACCAAACGUGCGACAUGGUGGUUGGAUAGCAGCGGACGGUGAUAAAAACCCUUGGUUUCAAGUAGACUUCAUCACGAAUGUGACUGUGAGCGCACUGCUCGUGCAGGGUUUAUCCGGCACUGCGUAUGGUGUCACGAAAUACACAAUUGCGUCGAGUGAUGACGGCAAAGUAUUUUCAGUCAACAAGAAGGAAGACCAGCAAACAGAGAAGGUGUUUUUUGCGACAGGCGAGCAAAGUAUUUUCCCACAUAUCAUCGGGCGCUUUAUCCGGAUUCAACCGACGGGGUGGAACGGUUUAUGCGCGAUGAGAGUGGAAUUCUUUGGCCGAUAUGAAGGAUGUGGGAAUCCCGAACCACUCGGAAUGGAAAAUGGUAGAAUAUUAGAUAGGCAGUUGACUGCUGCACAGGAACACGACAGCCAGCCUGCGCCAUACGGUAGACUAGGCCAUGCAACUGGUUGGAAUGGUGGAUCGAUGAGCAAUUUUGAUGUUUGGUAUCAGGUAGAUUUCAUAAAACAUGCAAAAAUCACAGCCAUAAAGAUGCAGGGAGAACAAGCCUCUUACCAUAUAAAGAAAUUCAAGGUCUCAUUCAGUAAUAAUGGAAUUGAUUUCAUUGAAUAUGUGGAUGUCAUGGGUUUAAAGGUAACUAUAUAUAAUAUAUUUUUGUGUUUCUGCCGUAAUACAAUACAAUGUACUUGUGGGUGUAACUGUGGUGGUUAGAUAAAAUGUGACCAAAUAGAAGACUAUUGU